AUGGGUGUGGGGAAAGUUCUGAACGAUGUGAAGCCGUACCUGGCCAUGAUCCUGCUGCAGGUAGGGUUCGCCGGGAUGUACAUCGUCGCCGUCGCCUCCCUCAAGCGCGGGAUGAGCCACUUCGUCCUCGUCGUGUACAGGAACCUCGUCGCCACCGCCGUCAUGGCGCCCUUCGCGCUCUGGUUCGAGAGGAGCGUGAGGCCGAAGAUGACCUUCACCAUCUUCCUCAAGAUCAUGGGGCUCGCCUUUCUCGAGCCGGUGCUCGAUCAGAACCUGUACUACAUGGGGGCGAACCUGACCUCCGCCGGCUUCGCGUCGGCGCUGAUCAACGUCCUCCCCGCCGUCACAUUCGUCAUGGCGCUCAUCCUGCGGAUGGAGAGGGUGCGGCUGCGGAGCAUGCACAGCCAGGCCAAGAUCGUGGGCACGGCCCUCACCGUCGCCGGCGCGGUGCUCAUGAUCCUGUACCACGGGCCCGUGAUGCAGUUCCCAUGGACCAAGGGGCAGCACCACGAUGCCGCCGCCGCCGCCGCCCAGGCCGCCGGCAGCGGCUUCCUCGCGGGGACUAUUUACGUCAUCGCCGCCUGCGUCGCGUGGUCGGGCUUCUUCGUCCUCCAGUCCAACACGCUGCAGAGCUACCCCGCGGAGCUGUCGCUGACGGCGCUCAUCUGCCUCAUGGGCUCGCUGAUGAGCGGCGCCGUCGCGCUCGUCGCCGAGCGCCGCAACACCCACGCCUGGGUCAUCGGCUUCGACACCCGCCUCUUCACCGCCGUCUACGCCGGCAUUGUGUGCUCCGGCGUGGCCUACUACGUGCAAGGUCUCGUGUCGAGGCAACGAGGCCCGGUGUUCGUCACAGCCUUCAACCCUCUGUGCAUGAUCGUAACCUCCGUCAUGGGCUCCAUCAUACUCAAGGAACAGAUCACACUUGGAAGUGUCAUCGGCGCAGUGAUCAUCGUGUUAGGCCUGUACGCGCUCAUCUGGGGCAAGAGCAAGGACCACGAGAACCAGGUCGCCGACGUCUCCGCGUCCGGCGGCUCCAAGGGCGGUGCAGCGGCCGGCGAGCUGCCCAUCACCUUGGCAGCGCAGCCCAACGGCAACGGCAAGCACGAGCAGCUUGGCAACACCCGCGGCCACGUCUUCGACGUCGAGACCCCAGCGACCAACGGCCACUACUAGUACUCCUAUACAUACUCCUAAAAGCAUCAACGACUCCAUCGUCGAUCCAUAGAUCGACUGAGUUGGAGCAUACGUGUGGUGCGAUUUUUCCUUCUUCUUCUUUCUUCCGUUCUGUUAGUUCCUCCUGAAAUUCUUGUGAGAGAGUGCUAGAGAGAGAGAGAGACAGAGGUGGACCCUUACCUGAUGUAAUGGAUAAGGCCAGGACGUACGUGACCGGGUUGCUUAAUCAAUCAGCAAAGAUCGAUCAGCUCUUCUGCUUACGUAGAGCUGGAAUUAAUUACUCCA